AUGCUUUCCCGUAAUGCUUUAAGGACUUUUGGCCAUUCAAGGGUGAUUAUUUCACAAAGGUGUAUCUCCUUCUCAGCUUUGAUAUUACAGCAGAAUAAUGUUCAGUUAGAUAAAAGCAAAGAUGAACUCUUAGAAAGCAACGAAAAAUACGUUUCACCAUUUGAGAGGGUCCAAAAUGUCGCAGCUGAGUUGAAAAGUGAGUUAAAAGCUCCAGGUUCGGAUAUUAAUGAAGUUUUUCAUGACUUCAAAGAUAAAAUUGAACUUUUAAAACAGAAAUUACGGAAUCCCUCAACCAUGGAAAGAUCGCAUUUAUUGGCUAACUUCUCUUCGGAACUUUUACAGGAAUUAAGUCAUAAAAAUAAAGACAUGGCCACAGAUCCCUAUCAAGUUUUGAAUACAUUGUGCCAAUACAAAUUAGCACGUUCACAACACUUCACCAUUGUUUUAAGGUACCUUUUAUUUAAUGCAUCUCCACAGGACGUCAUUGCUCUUUGGGUAAAAUAUUUGGAAACUAUAUCAGAGAACUCUGUGAAUCUACUCCAAAAUAGCUCCUCUAAUGCACAUACACAAAACAUAGCCAUUACCACCAUUGCUUAUUUAUCCCUAACAGGAAAUACCGUGGAUAUUAAGAUUUUAUACAAGAUUUUACAAAUCGAUGACAAAACGGGCCAAACUUUGCCCUUCAACAUGGUAAAGAGAAUUUUAAACACAGAAUGCAGUUCCCUUGAAGGGAGGGACCUGGCCAUGAAAAACCUGAAUGACCUAUAUUAUCAGUAUACAGUACAGGAUACAGACCAUUUUUUAAACCAAAUCGAAAAUGCCCCUAGAUGGAUGGAUCUAAGAGACCUAUAUACUCAAUAUGAUAAACUUGAAGGUAAAAAAGACAUUAGGGUCAUAUCCCAGUUUAUGGAUAAGUUUAUUGAUUUGCAAAAGCCUGAUCAGGUGGUGAGUAUCUACAACCAAUAUAGUAAAAUCUUCCCAAAUAAUUCUUUCCUAAGCGAUCGUUUAUUAAUAUCUGUAGGGCGCCUAAGAGCCAACUCGACUAAAGAGAAAUUGGACAGGAUUUUAGCCGUUUGGAAUAGUAUCAUCAAACCAGGAGACGACAUUAAGAAUACAUCUUAUGCGUCGCUCGUUAAUGCUUUAUGUGACUCGGGUAAUUUUAAUCACUUGAAGGCAUUUUGGGAAGAAGAACUUCCUGAAAAGUUUAAGAAAGAUCCGAUAGUGAAGGAAGCGUUCCUUUUAGCCCUAUGUCAAACCUCGCUAUUAACAUAUGAACAAGUCAAGGCAGAACUAGGAGAGACGGUUAAAACUACAAAGCUGUUCAAUAAAGUUCUCUUGCUUAUGUUGGACGAUGAAAAAGUAAGUCAGGAGCAAUUCAACACAUUUUACUACAAAAAUUAUCCAGCUAAUGGCGCAUUGUCCCCUACUUUGGAAACUUUGAGCAUUAAGAUGUAUGCCAACUAUAAAUAUGAAGCAGAGGAUGUGCGUCCAGAGUUUAAACUUUUACAAAGUAUUUCCAUGAAACCAACAGAUUAUGAAAAAAUAGAAAGGAUUACAAAGGUUUUCAUUUCUGCGUGCCCUACUAUUGAGCCAAUUCGUCAAUUUUACAAACAGUUGGGGGCUCGCUUGAACGCUAGAAACUAUGCAGAUUUUAUUUCUGCAGAGUUCGAUAAGGCUGGUGGUUCGGUUACCGAGGCAGAAGGCAUAUACAACGACUUCACAGCAUAUCGAAAGACCAGAAAAAGAAACGUGGAUAAUACACCACUGAAUGCCUUGUUGUUAGGAUUCUGUGAUAAACUGUUCAAAACCAAACAGAGUAAGUACAUUUCUUCUAUUGAAAAGUACUACGCUCUGGCUAAGGAUUCGAGUAUCAGGGUGUCGAACUUGGCUGUUUCGAAAAUUCUAUUCAAUUUGGCAACCUUUGCACGUGAUUCUGAGCAGCUGGCGGAUAGCGACAUACGCUUUGUUAACCAAUUUUUGCAAGAUUUAAGCAGUAAUGAAGGAUUCCGUCCGAACCCUAAAGAUGUGCAAAUUUUGAAGGAAUGCGAUGGAAUUAUAGUCCCUGAAAAACUUGCUUGA